AUGAGCACUAUAGUUCCGAAAGUGAAGACUGAUAUCUCCGGCAUGGAAGCCAGGUAUCUGGAUUCUUGCAAGAGGCAUGAGGUGCUGCCCAACUCUGCGGUAUCUUCAUGGUUCUAUAAGGCCAAGAUUGGGAACUCUAUCCAUCAGAAAUGCACUAUAGUAAUUUUUUUAGACCAAUUAAAGGAUUCUGAUUUCUCUCCCCUCAUUGAUGUUUUCCUGGCAAUGGACUCUUAUGAGGUUGAUGCGGUCGACGUACUUCAUAAAUCUCCCUGUGCCCUGAACCCGGAAUAUGUCAUCUCAUUGCUGCAUGCAAUCAAUUUGAGGCUACGAGUUGUUGAUCUCCAGGAUAUGUCAUUUACUGAAGACAUAUUGUGGGAACUUUUCCAGGAUGGUUUGAAUUGCCAAGUCUUAAACUUGAGGUCCACUGAGAUUCGGAAACUCAAUUUGGUUGGGAGUUUCAUGCAGUUACGCACCCUUAAUCUGGAUUUUUGUACUGCCCUUACAAGCUUGGAGGAGGAUUGUUUCACUUACAUGCCAAAUCUGAUGCGUCUCUCAAUGUGUGAAACUAGAGUUGCCAAUCUAUGGACAACUAGUGCUGCCUUGUCAAAACUUCUUUCUUUGGUCGAGCUCCGCUUUCAAAAUUGUGUAUGUUGCAAUGAUACUAGGCCAUGUCCUGCAUCAUCCAGUAAGAGGGAUAAUCUCCUUCUUGGUGACAGAGCUGUGUCAGGUCAUUUGAGCAGGUACUUCGACACCAAGCAACCAACUAUUGCAGGCAGAGAUGCUACAUAUUCAACUUUGGCUGCAGAUGAUGGUGCAGUUAAUAUUUCAAGCCACUUCCAAAGAAUUGGUUUUUCGGAACUCUCUUCUGAUGCCAUUCAUAUCUCAAGUGGACAGGACAACUCGCAAAUUAAGGUUUCUUUUGGCAUAGAAGAUAAGGAGGAGUUUCCUAGGAGUCUUCUUAAUGGGGACAUGGAAGAUGCCUCAAUUGCUUCAAGGAUAUAUGUUCCACAUCAUCCUUCACCCAUCUGCUUUGAGAAACAUUACAGGGAGUUUAUGAUUGCUUCAUUGCCAUGUCUGAACGUGUUAGAUAAUUUACCUAUACGAAAAGUGGACAAGGAAAUAGCGAAGACUGUCUUCUUAAAGUACUAUGAGCACUUACCAUAUAAAAGACGACACAGAGAAAGUGUUGUCAGUGUUUUGCAAAUGCGCGAAACAGGGGCAAGUAGUAUGCACCACCAAAUAUCUUCCAGGCCAAAGCAGCCAUAUAUUUGCAGGAAAAGUCAGUAUUUCUACUCCAGGUCCUUUUGUGCUGCCAAACUUGGGUCUUCUGCAUGGCCUCUGUUACACCCCAUGUCCAAUAUCAGCCAUACUACCAAAGAAGAGAACAAGAGCUUUCGGCCAAGGCAGUUUGAGUACCACCCAUCUGACUCUAGUUUAAUGGUUUUUGGAACUCUAGAUGGGGAGAUAAUAGUUAUCAACCAUGAGAAAGGGAAUAUCGUUGGUUAUAUUCCAUCACUUGGAAUGGCUAACAGUGUUUUGGGAUUAUGUUGGCUUAAAAAGUAUCCAUCCAAGUUUGUUGCUGGUUCCGACAAUGGUUCGUUGAGGUUGUAUGACAUUAAUGAUAUGAUGCGGACAGUUGCAGAUGGCUACUGCAGUUCCAAUACUGUAACCUUCGAUGACUUUGAGCAGUUGACUUCUGUUCAUGUCAAUUCAACUGAUGACCAGUUUAUUACAAGUGGUUAUUCACGAAAAGUUGCUGUAUAUGAUAUUUGCAGUGGAAGACGCUUACAGUUGUUCACUGAUAUGCAUCAAGAACCCAUUAAUGUUGCUAAAUUUUCCCACCAUUCCCGCUCUCUGUUUGUUACUUCAUCAUUUGACCGCGAUGUGAAGAUGUGGGACUUAAGACAGAAACCAACACGGCCUUGCUAUGCUGCUUCAAGUUCAGGAGGAAACGUGAUGGUUUGCUUCUCUCAUGAUGACCUUUAUCUGCUCGUGUCUGCUGUAGACAAUGAGGUAAAGCAACUUUUGGCUGUAGAUGGGAGCCUCCACACAAAUUUUGAGAUAGCUUCUACUGGAAAUGCCCAUAACUACACUCGUUCAUAUUACAUGAAUGGAAGGGACUAUAUUGUCAGUGGGAGUUGUGCUGAGCCAGUCGUUCGCAUUUCUUGUGCUCAAACUGGAAGGCGACUUAGAGAUAUCCAUUUGGAGGGAAGGGGCUUGGGCAGCUCAAUGUUUGUGCAAUCCCUAAGAAGUGAUCCUUUUAGACAUUUUCACUUGGCUGUCUUGGCGGCCUAUUUGCCGCCAACCUCAAAGUGCGAGAUCAUCAAGACUAUUGCUCAUCAACUUGCUAUUACCGAUGUUCCUCCAGCAACAAACCUUGCUCAAUGCCACCGGUCACUAACCAGCCCCUUUCUUCGCACUCAAACUACAGACCAACUCAACAAAAUCGUGGCUGCGGCAAUCACAACAGAGGAGGUCGUGGUCGUGGUCGUGGACGUGGACGUUAUUCAUCUGGCGGCAAUUUUCACGAUUCUGGUGGCCAAUCUAAUGGAUCAG